AUGGUGAUCCAACUACUAGGUUUGGCCUUUCUCUGUCUUACUAUGAGUCCAGUCACUUUCAGAGCACAAGGCACGUCCCUGUACGUCUCCUCUUCAGCCCUGCAGAUAAAUCACACGGGGGAGGUGGUGUAUCAUGACGCUAGUGUGUACGGGGUAGUGGACCAAGCAGCCGUCCUGGAAUGUGGGUCCACCUUACCUGACGUAUACAUGUGGAGCUUCACCCAGCCCGGCUCUGAAACCAUCAAAGCAGUGGUGUACGACCUGGGGAGAGGGCCGAGGUUCCAGAAGCUGGCUGAGACGCUGGGACGGCCGAGGCUGAUCCCGGACAGCGCAGCCGUGAGCAUCGAGAAGCUGCCGCUGGCCGCUCACGGCCUCUUCACCUGCCAGGCCUUCUACGACACCGAGCAGGAAGCCGUAGUCCACUACAACUACGUGCACCUCACAGUUCGAGUCCCCGUCAGCAAACCGAGCCUCCUGGUGAGCGAUGGAUCUCCGGUGGAAGGAUCCACGAUGUGGCUACGAUGCAGCGUGGACAACGGGACCGAGCCGGUCCGGUACCUGUGGCAGCAUGAGGAUCAAAACAGAAGCAUCGCAAACUUCACGGACGGUACCAGCAGCAUCGUCAACGUGACCAGCGUGGCCCGGAACCACACGGGCUGGUACCGCUGUGUCGCCAGCAACGCCGUCAACACUGAGAGUUCUGACCGCCUGUGGCUGGACGUCAUGUUCGGUCCAGACGCUCCUCAGAUGGUCGUGACUCCGUCCAGAACAGCAGAGCGAGGAUACUCGGCUCUGGAGGGAGAGACUGUUUCUCUGCUGUGUCAGGCCCAGUCCAACCCGGCCAGCCGGUACCUCUGGUUCUACAACAACUCCCAGGUCCACACCGGACCCCAGUACACCAUCAAAGAGAUCCUCCGCCUGCACACCGGAGACUACGCCUGCCUGGCCCAGAACACCCACCUGAACACCCGCUCCAGGAAAACCAUCCGCCUGACCGUCUACUACCCCCCCGACGGCCACCCCUCCUGCUCCGUGGAGCCGGCUCUGAACCACAGCUCCCUGAGGCUGCUCUGCUCCUGGCCCGGGGGGUUCCCACCCCCCUCCCUGCACUGGACCGGAGACCUGGCACUUGCCGGGCCGGGUCCAGAUCCAGAUCCAGAUCUACACACCCUCCUGCUGCCCUCGGAGAGCCUGAUCCCCAACAGCAUCUUCACCUGCCGGGGCCACCACCCCGCCCUGGAGGAGCCGGUGGAGUGCAGCACCAGCACAUAUGUUCCCGCGUCAGAGCCGGUGUGCUUCGCUUAUGUGACCAACGACAAGCAGCAUCUGAUCCUGUCCUGCUCCUGGAGCGGGGGGGCCCCCAGAGCCCUGCUGUGGUGGGAGGGCCCCGGGGGUCACAGCAAGGCCGGGGAGGAAAGCUCCAACGUCCUGGUCCUGGGCUACGGCGCCGCCCGCAGCGGGGAGCCCUACACCUGCCACGCCCAGCACCCGCUGCUGGCCCGGCCCCAGACCUGCAGGCUCACGCUGGAGGCCCCCGUGCUGCUGACGCAACGCCGCCGCGUCUCUGUGUACGAGGGGACGGACGUGCAGCUCACCUGCAACCUGAGAGCCAACUACCUCCCCGCCAGCGACAUCACCUGGCUGAACAACCGCGGCUCCGACGUCCGAGACCCGUCCAAGUACACGCUGCUGCAGACGUCUGCGUGGGCCAACCUGACCGUGAGGGACGCGGACGAGACGCAGGACAGCGGCGACUACAGGUGCUCCACCUCUAACGCAGUGGGAGGAGCAGAGGUCAACGUCACCCUGGUGGUCAAGAAGCACCCGGCGCCGCCCAACGUGACCCUGCUCAGAGCGGCGUACGUCGGCCCGCGGCGGGACCAGGUGCAGCUGGAGUGGCGGGUAGAGACUGAGCAGGACGGAGGAUGGACAGGUUUCGUCUCGGAGCACAGAUGGGUGUCGGAGCGGCCAGGACGGAGGAAAAGCAGCAACGGGUCGGAGGAGCAGAACGGGGAGAGGACCGGUCUGAAAGACUGGUACCGGACCAUCAUCCCGGACCCAGACCUCAGGAGCCACACGGUCCGAGGACUCACACCAACCGUCACCUACCAGUUCAGGGUCACUCCGGUGAACCACCGCACCAUCGGACACCCGUCUGCAGCCAAGACUCCAGGGGAACUGCGCAAGGGCGUGUACCCGGCCGUCGUUGGCGCUGCCGUAGGUGGGAUGCUCUUUGCAGCCGUUGCUACGGCGCUGCUGCUCUUGUACAUCAGCCGUUACCGCAACAACAACCCCCGGCUGCACGACAUGCUGUUUGGGCUGCAGCACAGCCCGUCCAGGGAGAACAUCAACUUUCCAGAGGAUGAAGUGGGUGGAGCAGAGGAAGAGGCUGGAUCAUCCAGCCCAGGUCCACCUAUGGCGUCAUCACCCCCAUCAUCUCUGAGUGCCACCCACUAGCCAAGCCCCUCCCCCUGGAGAAAACACCCCCAUCAAGGCUCCCAGCUCCCUGUCACUUAUACAUCCACGUGUUUCUGUUAUGAUUUACCUGCGAUUUCUUCUAUAAAACGACAGAUUUUGUAUAAUCUCUCAACACAUGUGCCUUGUAUUGGUUUGAUAUUCGGGGGACAAGAUUGUCAUGGCGAUUUGAACUUAAUUACAAUUUGAUUUGUGCAUUUUAAGUUUUCCCAGAAUUCCACCAUAAGAACCACAAACUAGAAGUAAAUGGAUGAAGAACCGAUGA